CUACAGCAGCUGAAGGAAGCCCUUGCCUUUCAUCAUUCUAGCAUAUCCAACAUCUUCUUGGGUUCUACAACUUCUGUUGUAUAUGUGGAGUUAGAUACAGAAGAUGCCAAAGAGACACUUGCACAACAAUCCGUACUUGUAUCGGGGAAGGAGCUGCUGAUCCUCAGGAUUGAUGCACCAAGGACAACAAUAGUGAGGAUAUCAAACAUUAAACCCACCAGCAAAGCCUGGACAAUAUGCAAUUCUUAUGGACAAGUGAAGUAUUUGGCAAAAAGAGGUGUGGGAGUUGUGGAUGUGCAUUUCAAGCUUGCUGAAUGGCCUAACAUGCUAAAUAUUGUUAAUAAGUGACGUGAUCCGGCUCGGUUGAUUGAGUCGAGUUCACUUAAGAUGCCCGAUCGUCGACGAGAAGUUCGUUCGAAAUUAUUUUAAGAUGAAGAUUGUUUUCAGUUUAA